AUGGGCAAGAUCAUCUUCUACGAGGACAGGAACUUUGGCGGACGCCACUAUGAGUGCAUGAACGACUGCUCCGACCUGCACUCCUACUUCAGCCGCUGCAACUCCUGCAAGGUGGAGAGCGGCUGCUGGAUGGUGUAUGAGCGCCCCAACUACAUGGGGUACCAGUACUUCCUGAGGAGGGGCGAGUAUCCCGACUACCAUCGCUGGAUGGGGAUGAGCGACUGCAUUCGUUCCUGCCGCAUGAUCCCCAUGAUGCACGGGUCUCACAGGAUGCGCAUUUACGAGAGGAUGGAGUUCGGAGGCCAGAUGAUGGAGUUGACCAACGACUGCCCCAACAUGAUGGACCGCUUCCACUUCUCGGACAUCCACUCCUGCAACGUGAUGGAGGGAAACUGGCUGUUCUAUGAUCAGCCCAACUACAUGGGCCGGCAGUAUUACCUGAGGGCCGGAGAGUACAGGAGGUUCAGCGACUGGGGUGGCAUGAGUGCCAGAGUGGGGUCCAUCCGACGCAUCAUGGAUUACUAAACAGUGUGUUCUUCUCCUGAGGCCUGCUUUUAACUCUGCUGGGAAUUUCUGCACACCUGUCCAUUGGGGGACUCUCCUUUAAAGCUUGAAGAACUACAGGCAAAUUCCUCUGUGGUGUGGCUUUUGC